GUUGUGCAGGGUCACGGGUCUCCUCAGCUUGCCUUCAAGAGCCUACAUAUAGUAGACAGCAUAUAAGUGCAGGUGUUUCAGCCACACAUCCUGCCCAAAGACCUCCUGUCCCUGAAGUCAGAAAGAACAGAUCUGUCUCUGGAAACCUUCUUAAAUUUAAUUUCCACUGACAACAUUUCUAAAUAGCAUCAUAAAUGUUAAGAUUUAAUUUCUUUCUAUAGGUAGAUGUAGCUGGGUGAAGAACUGGCUGGAGGGCUGAGCCCAAAGAGUGGUGGUGAAUGGCGUUAAAUACAGAUGGUGAUCAGUCACAAGUGAUGCUCCCCAGGGGUUGAUAGUGGGACUGGUCCAGUUUCAUAUUUUUGUUGAUGAUCUGGACAAGGGGAUUGAGUUCACUUUCAGUGAGGUUGCAGAUUACACCAAGUUGGGGGGAAGCAGUGAUCUGCCUGAGGGUAGGAAGACCUUUCAGAGGGAUCUGGACAGGUUGGAUCCGUGGGCUGAGACCAAUUGGAUGAAGUUCAACAAGACCCAGCGCUGGGUCUUGCAUUUUGAUCCCACCAACCCCACACAUCGCUACAGGCUUGGGGCGGAGUGGCUAGAACGCUGUGCAGAGGAGAAGGGUUUAGGGGUGUUAGUUGACAGCUAGCUGAAUGUGAGACUAGGUGGCUAAGAAGGUCAAUGGCAUCCUGGCUUGUAUCAGGAAUAGUGUUGCCGGCAGGAGUGGGGAAGUAAUUGUCCUCAGCUCUGUUAAGGCCACACCUUUACUAGCCACUGAGGCCCUGGAGCAUGUCCAGAGAAGGGCAAUAAAGCUGUGAAGGGUCUGGAGCACAAGUCUUGUGAGAGAGCACCUGAGGGAACUGAAAUUGUUUAGUCUGGAGAAGAGGAGGCUCAGGGCAGACCUUCUUGAUCUCUACAGUGACCUGAAAGGAUAUUGUGGCAAGCAACAUGGCAAAUGCACUCGCAAAUGCCAUCUGUGAGCGCUGUAGAGGAGGCUUUGCACCAGCAGAGAAAAUCGUCAACAGCAAUGGUGAGCUCUACCACGAGCAGUGCUUCGUGUGUGCCCAGUGCUUCCAGCAGUUUCCUGAAGGGCUCUUCUACGAGUUUGAAGGGAGAAAGUACUGCGAACAUGAUUUUCAAAUGCUUUUUGCCCCUUGCUGCCAUCAGUGUGGUGAGUUCAUUAUUGGUCGUGUUAUUAAAGCUAUGAACAACAGUUGGCAUCCAGAAUGCUUCUGCUGUGAUAUCUGCCAAAAAGUAUUGGCAGAUAUUGGAUUUGUCAAGAAUGCUGGCAGACAUCUCUGCCGUCCUUGCCAUAACAAAGAAAAAGCCAGAGGCCUGGGGAAGUACAUUUGCCAGAAGUGCCAUGCCAUUAUUGAUGAACAACCUCUCAUUUUCAAAAAUGAUCCUUAUCACCCUGAUCAUUUCAACUGUGCAAACUGCGGGAAGGAACUUACUGCUGAUGCUCGUGAGCUGAAGGGAGAAUUAUAUUGUUUACCCUGCCAUGACAAAAUGGGUGUCCCCAUCUGUGGAGCAUGUAGAAGACCAAUUGAAGGACGCGUGGUGAAUGCUAUGGGCAAACAGUGGCAUGUGGAGCAUUUUGUUUGUGCAAAAUGUGAAAAGCCAUUCCUGGGUCAUCGUCAUUAUGAGAGAAAAGGCUUGGCGUACUGUGAAACCCACUACAAUCAGCUGUUCGGUGAUGUAUGUUUCCAUUGCAAUCGUGUGAUCGAAGGAGAUGUUGUGUCUGCUCUGAAUAAGGCAUGGUGUGUGAACUGUUUCGCUUGUUCAACUUGCAACACUAAGUUAACACUCAAAAAUAAAUUUGUUGAGUUUGAUAUGAAGCCUGUCUGCAAGAAGUGCUAUGAGAAGUUUCCUCUAGAGCUGAAGAAAAGACUGAAGAAAUUAGCUGAAACUGUGGGAAGGAAGUGAAGACUUCGUCUGCUCUCCCCUUUCCUUACGAAAAUGUUCUGUAUAUUACUUGGGAGGGACUCUGAGGCUGUAAUCAGACAAUAGAUUAUGAUGCAUGCCUUUUAUCUUGAAAUUCUCCAUUCUCUAUACGUGUACAUGUAUGCGUAUUUGUUGAUAAACAGACCACACUUACAGACUAAAUUAAAUGUCAGCUCACCUGAAAGGUUGCUGACCCUGAUAAUGCACCAAUAUAAGUGGGCCAUUGUGCACAGUAAUCUCUGAGGAAUUUUAAAUUGAGAAAAUAUGCUUGUGAGUACCUGCAAAAACAUACUUUGCAAACGUGUCCAACGUUACGGGCAUGUAGUGUCAUUUAUAUUAAUGAAAGUAUCAGUGUGCAAAUUAAGUGUGCGUACAAAAUUUCAAGUGGCUAGGGCAAGGAACCAAACAUACCUCAUUUCCUGGAAAAAAUAAUGCUUAGAUUUCAGGUCAAAUAAUCCCACUGAGGAGCCGUAUUUAAGGUGGUUUGAAAAGUAUCAUAUUUCUAAAUGCAGUCACUGUACAAAUUACAUACUUCCAAUAGUUUGUACUUACACGCUGAAUCUUUGUACAUCAGACUUAGCAUGAAAUAUCUAUAUGAAGUCUAAUUCCCACUGCAAGAAACAAGUAUACUCAGAACUACUUGAAUUUUGCUAUAUUCCAUUCAGAAUAACACAUUAACUUUUAUAUAAGCUUUUGCAUUUUAUUUACUUUUUGUGCCUUAUUCUGCUGGACCAUAUGUAACAGUGUUCCAUUAAAUAUAUAUAUAUAGUUUUAUUUCUUAUUUUUGUGCAGAAACUAUGUACAAGAUAUUUUCAAAAGAUAACAAAAUUUGCCUUAAUUAUGCAGGAUGCAAGAAGAAGUUUGUUUCAAGUGUGAAUGCCUGAGGUUAAAAUUUAGCUUCUAGGCUUCCCUGACUUCUGGAACAGUAAUGAAAAUGCAUAUUUCAAUUAACUGGCAAUAUUACUUUUACACUGUGAGUGUGAAUUUAUGCAGUUUGAUCCUACUAGGAUCUAUUUCUUUAGCCAUCUUCAAGAACUGUGCUCACAAAUCGUCAGAAUUCAUUGUAGUAUGCUUGUGAUUGCUUUAUACUACUGACUUCUGACCACAAAAAUUUGUUUUAUUUUUCCCUUUUCUGUCAAAAAUACAGUUACUUAGGAAUUCUUGAUGGUACCAUGUAUGCAAAGUAUGCAAACCUUUUUUUCAUAUUAGAGACUUACACAAUUUUUAUGUAAUUACAUCAUAGCAAGCAAAAUUUCCCUUCCUGUUUAUGGAAAACCAGUUGCUUUAAAACAUCUUUCCAGUGUCAUCAAUAAAGACUAUGUUGUUAAAACCUGUA